UAAAAACCUAACAGGGGUUCCAUUCCUUCCCAACUCUAUCCAAAAUUAAAAAAGUUUGGACUGGAUGUAUAAAUUAAUGCACACAAAAUUCCAAAGAUAUGUAUUUUGUUUAAAAUAUUAACAUGACUGGUUGCAAAAGUUCCUUAAUUCAUGAUAAUUCAGAUACACACAGAAUGGUAUUUUGCACAUGCUGGACCGAAAUAAGAGGAUUAAGCCACGACCGGAGAGGUUCCAGAACUGCAAGGACUAUUUUGACCUAGUGAUCACCUGCGAGGAGAGAGUUUAUGAUCAAGUAGUUGAAGACCUGAACUCUAGAGAACAGGAAACGUGCCAACCAGUACAUGUAAUAAAUGUUGAUAUUCAGGAUAACCACGAAGAAGCCACAUUAGGAGCCUUCUUAAUUUGUGAACUUUGCCAAUGUAUACAACAUACAGAAGAUAUGGAGAAUGAAAUUGACGAACUAUUACAAGAUUUUGAAGACAAAAGUGGCCGAACCUUCCUUCAUACUGUCUGCUUUUAUUGA